AUGCUUGAGGAAGUAUUAUUUGAAAGUAAUUCACAUAUUCCAUAUAAUUAUGUUAAUUCUUGUUUCAAUAUUUCAGUAAUAUUUUUCACUUCAUUGGCACUUUCUCAGUCGGAAGAUGGAUCCUUAGAAAAGUCGAUAGUGAAGCAACUUCAAAUUCAAUUCGAAUUUUCAUUUCUACCUGGUAUCUUAGAAUUUCUAUCAUACAAAUUUGAUUCUGCAGACGUAAUUCCUGAUGAUGAUAGUAGUGGUGUAGUUCGUCCUGAUUUAGGAAUAUGGCAUUUCAAUCUGAGUGUAUUUCAAAUGCUUACAUAUCACUCGGAGAUAGGAUUCCUCAUUGAUAGAUCUUCGAUUAUUAUUAUAAGAAUUAAGCUGUCAAAAAUCGUCAAUCAAUUAGUGAAUCGAGCUGACAGUUCACUUAUAAAAGUCUUAGAUUGUGCAGUACUUUGUUUAGAACACAGCACUAAUGGUAAUAAUUUAGGGUCAAUAUUAAUUAGUUAUUUGGCAGAUUAUUUCCAAAAUAUAACUUUGCAACGUACUACGGCAAUUGAAGAGUUAUUUAGAAGUUUUCAGCUAAGUGCAGAUCAAAAACAUUUGAUGAUGGUUAGUAGGGUAAAUUUUGUUAGAGAAGAAUGGCUCAAAUCGUUCUCAAAUUAUCGGUUGGUUGACAAUUGUUUCGUUCAUGAUUCCCAUCCUGAUAUUCUGAUUCCUCGGGAAAUCUUUGAACUCAAAGAUUUAAUUGAGGAUUGGAAAGAAAGAAAUGAGAAUGAAUUUGAAAUUGUUCGGAAUUUGAGGGAUGGUGAACCUAUCAAUGGUUAUUUCUCUAAAGUGUUCUUGAGUAGAUUUCGUGGUACCAAUCGUGAUAUUGUACUUAAAGUUUAUGACCCUAUGUCUACCCCAGUUCUCGAUAGAGAAAUUGGGUUAGCGGACAGAGAAUUCUACAGCGUAUUCAGUUAUAUACUAGAAAUGUUUUUCUCAGAAGUUAGAGCCUAUCUUACGAUCAGAGGUGUUCCAAAUGGUACCGAUAAUUCUCCGCCUGAUAGUGGCAGUGGAAACAAAUCAUUGAAUAGUUUAAUAAAUAUUAAUUAUACUCCUUUUCUUUAUGAUUUCGGCUAUUUUAGUGGCUCGAUGGGACUGGGAUUUUACUUAGUUGAGGAGUUUAUUAUAGAUCAAGAAUUAAAUUGUGAAACUGAGCAUUUCAAUACUUUGGCUCGGGAAGCCCUCACUAAAGUCCAUCAAAUAGGAUUGAUCCAUGGAGAUAUACAUGCUGGUAAUUUAAUUUAUGAAAGGCGUAGAGAUUGA